UUCAAAUGCAUCACAUAAAAAAUACAAACAACAACAAAAAAAAAAACACACAAGAAAUAAUGGAGAUGAAGAACGUCACCAACAUCUUUGUGGCCCUCUUUAUCUCGGCCGUGUUAAUGAGCUCAGUCUCUGCAGCUACAAUGGAGUCUCCAGCACCAUCACCAGGUGCUUCCUCUGCCACUGUAGCUUUUCCAGUGGUUGGUUCCAUCGUUGCUGCAUCACUCUCUGCCUUCUUGGCUCUUCUCUUGCAGUAAAAAUUGACAAGAGAGUCCUCAAUAGAUGAGAAGGAGAUAUAUAACAAAACUCUUUUUUGUUCUGAUUUUGUUCCUUAGAAUCUAUGACAAAUAACCUAUUUUGAUGUAUAAUCUCAUUGUGUAAGUUAUUACACUUAAUAUUUAUGAGUAUAUGAUAUAAUAACACUAUUUUAUCAGA